UGUAGAUCCAGACGUUCAAAGACAUCAUCAUGCAGAAAGAUAAUCAGCUUACGGAGAUCAACCAGAUGCACGAACAGGAGCUCUUCAAGUUAGCAGCCAAGUGUGACGCUAGUGCAGAUUUGGAGCAGCUUUUGAAGGCUCUGAAACAGAAGCUUCACGAGAAGGAGGAGGUUCUGCUUGGUAAAACUCAGGUCAUUGAUGUUCUCCAGGGAGAAGUGGACGGCAGGGACCAACAGAUAAAGGUCAGAGGAGACGAAGUC